UCACUAAACAUUAGUCGUUUGUCGUUUAAUAUUUUGCGGCUUCUCAUAAGUUUUAUCGGAAUAAGUCUACUAUGAGUUUUCUGUAUACUGUAAUUUAGUAGAAGUUAUUUUAAAAUAGAGUUAGUCGUAAGAAUUAUUUUAUUUAUAUUUUCUAUUUAACAUAUAAUAAUACACGUAAGAUAUAAUCAAAUAUAAAAGCAUGUGGCGGCAUCAGCUGUGGAAGGUAAUACUCCUGCUUUUCUUGUGUAUACAUCUAUCAUCUCAAGUAAAAAAACAAAAAACGUCUGUUAUAUCAGACAUUGAUGACAUCAAAGACUUUAAAAAGUUACUGAGAACAAAAACAAAUGUAUUGGUUUUCUUUAUGAACAACAACAAAGCAUCGCAAUCAAGUUUAGAUAUAUUUAAAGAAGCAGCUGACACCAUGAAAGGACAAGCUACAUUGGCAGUAAUUGAUUGUUCUGGAAGUGAAAGUAAAAAGUUAUGCAAGAAGUUUAAGGUGCCUAAUGAUAAGCCUUACAAACUCAAGCAUUACAAAGAUGGUGAAUAUCACAAGGACUAUGAUAGAGGGAUGACACUUAGUGCCAUGGUUAACUUCCUUAGAGACCCGACAGGUGACCUGCCUUGGGAAGAAGACCCACAAGCUGCAGAUAUUGUUCACUUAGCUGAUGCUGAUGCUUUAAACAAAUUCCUUAAAAAAGGAAUCGCAACGAACAAAAAAUCGAUGAUUAUGUUUUAUGCGCCAUGGUGUGGUUAUUGUAAGUCAAUGAAACCAGACUAUGUGGCCGCUGCAACUGAUUUGAAGGGUGAAGCAUUUUUAGCAGCUAUGGAUGUUUCAAAACCAGGAAAUUCUAAAAUCCGUCAAAUGUUCAAUAUAACUGGAUUCCCGACCCUUUUAUACUUCGAAAAAGGGCAGCUCAGGUUUCCCUACAACGGAGAUAACAAACACCAAGCAAUUGUGGACUUUGUGAGGGAUCCUCUGUUUCAACAGCAGAAGAAAAAGGAGGUCGCCGAUGAAAGCUGGUCUAAGGAUUCUGACGUUGUACAUUUGACUGCUCAAACAUUCGACGCCGUAUUAUCAAAAACAGAACAUGCUUUGGUUGUUUUCUACGCUCCGUGGUGUGGACACUGCAAACGAAUUAAACCGGAAUUUGAAAAAGCUGCAACUAAGAUCAAAAAUGAGAAGAUAAAUGGUGUAUUAGCAGCAGUGGAUGCAACAAAGGAACCCGAUUUAGCAUCUAGAUUUGACGUCAAAGGUUACCCGACAUUGAAAUACUUCAACCGAGGCGAGUACAAGUAUGACGUUGGACACGCUCGUCAGGAGGAACAAAUUAUUGCAUUUAUUAAGUCACCACAAGAGCCGCCGCCCCCUCCACCCCCAGAGACACCCUGGUCUGAAGAGGAGUCAGCUGUCCGUCACCUCGACUCAUCAAACUUCCGCUACGUCCUCCGGAAGAUCAAACAUGCCAUUGUUAUGUUUUACGCACCUUGGUGUGGUCACUGUAAAAGUACGAAACCGGAGUUUGUUAAGGCGGCCGAUAAAUUCGCAGAUGAACUAAUGGUUGCUUUCGCAGCAGUGGAUUGUACACAGCAAAAAGAUUUAUGUGCAAACUAUGAUGUCAAGGGAUACCCCACUAUUAAAUACUUAAGCUACUUUGAUAGGGUGAUCCAGGAUUACAGUGGGGGGAGAAAGGAAGCAGACUUCGUAUCGUUCAUCCAAAGUCAGAUGGAUGGUCCACCUCAGACGGUGAAAAGCAACCAAGAUGCUGGUUUCGGAGUUAACGUGGUCUUAGCUGAUGAUGGAAACUUCUUCGAUAUGAUAUCCUCGCCCUCGCCUACAUUUGUAAUGUUUUAUGCCACAUGGUGCGGACACUGUUCAACAGUGAAACCAGCGUACAGUCGUCUAGCAACUAAAAUAAAGGGGGAAAACAGUAACAUAAAAAUCGUGGCAGUUGAAGCCGGCGAAAAUUCAAAAGUUUCUGAUUUUGCUGGAAUCCAAACACUACCAACAUUCAAGAUAUACAAAUUUGGUAAAUAUUUAGCUGAUUACGAAGGCGAUAGGUCUACAGAAGAUAUGUAUAAAUUCUGCAAGUCACACUCUAACGCGAAAGAUGAGUUGUAAUGAUGAUGGCGGAUAACAAUGUUUUUUGUAACUUUUAGUAAGUAAUUUUUAAACGUAAUAUAGUCCGGUUUUCUACAAUUCCACUUACAUUUGAAA